CUGAACGUCCGGCGUUCGUAAAGGUCCGUCGGACAUCUUGCGACUCGGAUUCGCCGCUUCCUAGGAGGGUGCCGGACUCGCUCUAGUCUUUUCCUCAAAUCGCUCGACGUUUUCGAACCGUGUGUUGUCCCCCAGGCCGAGACCAAUCCGUCAUGAUGCUCGGAUUUCAACCGAAAAAGGACGGCGGUCCAAACGUUAAAUUCUUCGAGUCGCCGGAGACGCUCGCACAACUCGACUCUGUCAAAAACUGGCUGCUGAAAAACUGCAAAAAGUACAUCCAAACAGAUCCUCCAAGUGGAAAAAGUUUGUCUGCUCUCGUCAUACAGCUCAUACAAUUCCAGGAGGACAACUUUGGUAAAAAUGUCACAAAGCCACCACUCACAAGGCUCCCUAUGCGGUGUUUCCUUGACUUUAAACCAGGUGGCGCACUGUGCCAAAUCUUGGCUGCUGUCUAUAAACACAAGAGUGAACAGGGUUGGCGUAGGUUCGACUUCCAGGUCAGUAAGAGCCCAUCUAGGAUGGAUCGGAAUGUUGAGAUGUUCAUGGCAGUCGAGAAGGCGUUGAUUCAGACAAAGUGUCUCACCCUCCCCGCAGUCUAUGUACGUCCUGAUGUGGAUAAAGCAAUGGCUGCUAAAGUAAAGGAUAUAAUUAAGCGUCAUCAAGGGACGAUUGUUGAAAACGAGGAUCAGGCUACACAUAUUCUUUACCCCGUUGUGGAUCCGCUUGAUGAGGAAUUUUCAAGGCCGACCCUACGAAGGGACAGAAUGACACUACUUCAUUGGUACUAUUUUCCCGACUCGCAUGAUUCUUGGACAAGUGCUGAUCUUCCAUUUGAUCCUCCUGACUCACCUCCAGCACAUUCACUGCCAUGGAGGGUUACAGCUUCAUGGGCUACUGAACUUGAUCUUUAUAACGAAUGGAUGAAUGAGGAGGAUUAUGAGGUGGAUGAAAAUGGAAAGAAAAAAGUUCAUCCCCUCCGUUUAUCUGUGGACGAUCUAAUGGGUCAGUCAGAUCCAAUAAAAAAGAAGCAAAAACGCAAAAAGUCUCCCAGCCCUCCACCAAAGUUGGCUGCUAAAAGAAAAAGUGGAAGAUUUCCAGCUGUCGGAGGCCCAAAGAAGAUCAAAAGUGAAGAAGAAGAGGCUGAUUUGACCAGAGAUAUGGAUGAACCCACUCCUGAGCCAAAUAUUCAAGAAGUUGUCAUGCCAAAACCAACUGGUCUCUCUACAAAUACAAAAAAAGAUGUCGACAGUCAGCCUAUGAAAAGUGGUACAAUCAUGGAUCUUGAUGAGGAGGCAGAAAGGAAUGAUGAUAGCCAAACUGGCAGAAUAACAAAUGAAAACAACAAUUCAACGGAUCUGACAGUUAAUAAAGAAGACGGCCAGGAAGAUAAUGUCACUGAGCAAACACAUCAUAUAAUCGUUCCAUCCUAUUCCGCUUGGUUCGACUACAAUUCUGUCCACUCGAUUGAGAAGAGGGCACUUCCAGAAUUUUUCAAUGGCAAAAAUAAGUCUAAGACGCCAGAAAUUUACCUAGCUUAUAGGAAUUUCAUGAUCGACACUUACCGCCUCAACCCCACUGAAUACCUCACAAGCACUGCCUCGAGGAGGAACUUGGCUGGUGACGUUUGUGCUAUAAUGAGGGUCCAUGCAUUUUUAGAACAAUGGGGUCUUAUAAAUUACCAAGUGGAUGCGGAAAGCCGACCUACCCCUAUGGGGCCUCCCCCGACGUCCCAUUUCCACGUCCUGGCUGAUACGCCGUCAGGGCUAAUGCCUGUCAACCCUCCCAAAACACAGCAGCAAUCUGCUGCAAAGACCCUCCUUGACAUGGAAUCUACAAGAAGACAGGAACAGAAUCAAAACGCCGGAAGGAAAGUGGAAGGCGAGCAACCAGGAAUGAACUUUGGAUUAAAAUUAGAUCAAUAUACACGAAAACCAGCUGUAUUAAAGAAUAGGCAGGCUGCUGCUGUGACGAGAGACUGGACCGAACAAGAGACUCUGCUUCUACUAGAGGCACUUGAACUUUACAAGGAUGACUGGAACAAAGUAUGCGAACAUGUCGGAUCAAGGACACAGGAUGAAUGUAUACUUCACUUUCUUAGACUUCCGAUUGAAGAUCCUUACCUGGAAGACAAUGAUAAUGGAAGUGCAUUAGGUCCUCUUGCUUACCAGCCAAUUCCGUUUUCAAAGGCGGGAAAUCCAAUAAUGUCAACUGUUGCGUUCCUUGCUUCAGUCGUUGAUCCUAGGGUAGCUGCUUCUGCAGCUAAAGCUGCUAUGAUUGAGUUUGCAAAUAUAAAGGAUGAAGUCCCAGCGGCUUUGCUUGAUGCUCAUAUUAAGAAUUCGACAGUCGAUGGAAAAUUUGAUCCUUCAGCCGGACUUUCACAGAGUGGAAUUGCCGGUACUGAGCCGGAGAAAGAUGAGAGUGAGGACAAAGAGAAGAAAGAAAGUAGUGAAGGAGAAGGUGCUGGUGGGGAUGCUGGUGUUGGAAAAGCUGAGAAACCUUCAGAGGAGAAAUCUGAAGAGAACGUGAAGGAGGCUAAAACAGAACCAGCGGAGGAUAAUGCCCCUGAAUCCAUGGAAACUGAUGAACCAGCUAAGGAGAAAGAGGCAACCCCACAGGAAACAGAACAAGACAGAGUCGUUAAAGAUGCUCAGUUGCAGUCUGCAGCUGCAGCUGCGCUUGCUGCAGCAGCUGUCAAAGCCAAGCAUUUGGCAGCUGUAGAAGAGAGGAAAAUCAAAUCCCUUGUCGCCUUACUUGUAGAAACACAAAUGAAGAAACUUGAAAUUAAAUUGAGGCAUUUUGAAGAGUUAGAAACAACGAUGGAAAAAGAAAGAGAAGGCUUGGAGUACCAAAGGCAACAGUUGAUUGCAGAACGGCAGCAAUUCCACCUGGAACAGCUGAAAGCAGCGGAGUUUAGGGCGAGACAAGAAGCCCAUAGGAGAUUAGCUGCUGAAGCGACAAUGCCUCCCUCUUCGCCCCAGCAACAGCAGCAGCCACAACAACAGCAACAACUCCCACCACAGCAAAAUCUACCUCCACAACAAAAUCAACCGCAGCAACUGCCCCAACCCCAACAACAGCCUCCUCCAUCUCAGCAGUUGAUUCAACCGCAACCCCAGUCCCAACUACCACCACCUCCUCUCCCUAAUGUACAACCGCCCAAUGUUUAACCUUGAGGUAUUACCUCCAUUUCCUUCACUUCACUUGUAUAAAUUUCAUUUUAAGCCCUUAAGUUAUGUAACAAUAUUAUAAUUAUACAUAUUUUUAUUUUAUACUUAUUAAAUAUACUAAAUUUCUGUUUUUCUUUUAUUUAAUGAAUUUUUCAUUUCAACAGAAUUCAAAACGAAUUAUUUAUUGUAAAAAUUUUAGAAUGAAAAAUAUCCUUUCAUGAGGAAAGAACAACUUUUAAAUUAUCAUGGAUUAAGUUUAAAUUGAAUCAUGCAAAAAGAGACCUGUUUGUUGUUUUUUACUCCUUUUUUUAAAACUGUGAAUUACUUAUUUUCAAUUCAUAUAAAAUGAAUUAUUUGUUUUUUGAAAUACAUAAUUUAUUUAUGAUUGUAGGAACCAAUACAUGGAAAAACUUGUAUAUUCAAGGUUUUAGAAUUAAAUUUCAGAUGUUAUUUAUAAGAAAUUAUUAGGCAAUAAUACGAAAAGACUCUUCUUAUACAUAUUCUCAAUAAAAAAAAAGCUAAGCUUUUU